AUGAGAACUUCGUGGGCGGAAUCUGCUGACAACUCAGCCAUUGGUUCUGGCAAUGGCAAUUCCUCAGCUUACCCUCCACGCGGAGCAUAUGUGCCACCGCAUCUUCGCAACAGGUCGUUACCGUCGGAGGUUCCUCCGGCGGCGGCUUCUUUGCCGGUGAAUGACCGGGUGAAUCAUGGUGGUCCAGCUCCUCAUCACGGUGGUGGUUACUUUAAAGCUGAUCAGGGGCGGCAACAAGGACACGGUUCUGGUUAUCAGACUGGUGGGGGCUGGAAUGUGAGAGGGGCGGGGAGGGACCGUGGGAGGCGUGAGGUAAACCCUUUUGAGAAUGACGAAGCUGAGGAGCAAUCUUUUAGUGAGCAAGAGAAUACUGGGAUUAACUUUGAGGCUUAUGAUGAUAUACCUGUGGAGACUAGUGGGGAGAAUGUGCCCCCGCCGGUGAAUACAUUUGCCGAAAUAGACUUGGGCGAGGCAUUGAAUCAGAAUAUACAAAGAUGCAAGUACGUGAAACCAACCCCGGUUCAGAGGUAUGCCAUUCCAAUUUCCCUUUCGGGGCGAGACUUGAUGGCCUGUGCUCAGACUGGGUCAGGAAAGACAGCUGCCUUUUGCUUCCCUAUUAUAAGUGGAAUAAUGAGGGAGCAAUAUGUUCAAAAGCCACGCGUCGCUAGAACUGCUUUUCCGUUGGCACUUAUCCUCUCCCCUACACGGGAACUUUCAUGUCAGAUACACGAUGAGGCCAAAAAGUUUUCUUACCAAACAGGUGUCAAAGUGGUGGUUGCUUAUGGAGGAGCUCCAAUCACUCAACAGUUACGGGAGCUUGAGAGGGGCGUUGAUAUUCUGGUGGCUACACCUGGACGAUUAGUGGAUUUGCUUGAGAGGGCUCGGGUUUCACUGCAGAUGAUAAGGUAUUUGGCUCUUGACGAGGCAGAUCGGAUGCUGGACAUGGGUUUUGAGCCUCAAAUAAGAAAGAUAGUUGAACAAAUGGACAUGCCUCCUCCAGGCAUGAGACAGACACUGCUAUUUAGUGCCACAUUUCCCAAAGAGAUACAGAGACUUGCAUCAGAUUUUCUUUCAAGUUAUGUGUUUCUGGCUGUUGGAAGGGUCGGUUCAAGUACUGAUCUAAUCGCUCAAAGAGUAGAAUAUGUGCUUGAGUCAGAUAAGAGGAGCCAUCUCAUGGAUCUUCUUCAUGCUCAGAGGGAAAAUGGAAUUCAUGGCAAGCAAGGUCUGACAUUAGUUUUUGUGGAAACAAAGAAAGGAGCUGAUGCAUUGGAACACUGCUUGUGUGUUAAUGGAUUUCCUGCAGCUAGCAUUCAUGGUGAUAGAACACAACAAGAAAGAGAACUAGCAUUGAGGUCGUUCAAGACUGGAAACACACCAAUUCUAGUGGCAACGGAUGUUGCAGCACGUGGUCUGGACAUUCCUCGGGUAGCACAUGUGGUAAAUUUUGAUCUUCCCAAUGACAUCGAUGAUUAUGUGCACCGAAUAGGAAGAACAGGGCGAGCUGGUAAAAUGGGAUUAGCAACGGCCUUCUUCAAUGAAAGUAAUUUGUCCUUGGCUAAACCGUUGGCUGAUCUGAUGCAAGAAGCGAAUCAAGAAGUACCUGCCUGGCUCACUCGUUAUGCAGCAAGGGCUAUUUACAGUGGUGGCAACAGAAAUAGGAGGUCAGGGGGAUCCCGUUUUGGUGGUCGUGAUUUUAGGAGAGAGGGCUCGUUUAAUAAAUCAACAGAUUACUUUGGCGGUGGACCUGGUGGUGUAGCAGGUGGGGGAUAUGGCAAUUAUGGUGGAGGUUAUAGUCAAGGUGUGACAAGUGCUUGGGAUUAG